GGGUCCGGAAGGAGUUGAUGUGCGCUGGGGCAGCGGCAGCCAUCGCGCUUUGCUGUUGGGCUUCGGAGGGUGUAGGGCUGACGCCAAUUAAGGGAUCGCGUUCUCUCCAAUCGCAGACCCUGUAAGAUUUGGAUAUGUCCUUCAUAUUUGACUGGAUUUAUAGUGGUUUCAGCAGUGUGCUACAGUUUUUAGGAUUAUAUAAGAAAACUGGUAAAUUGGUAUUUCUUGGAUUGGAUAAUGCAGGAAAAACAACAUUGCUACACAUGCUAAAAGAUGACAGACUUGGACAACAUGUCCCAACGUUACAUCCCACUUCAGAAGAACUAACCAUUGCUGGCAUGACCUUUACAACUUUUGAUCUGGGAGGACAUGUUCAAGCUCGAAGAGUGUGGAAAAACUACCUUCCUGCUAUCAAUGGCAUUGUAUUUCUGGUGGAUUGUGCAGACCAUGAAAGGCUGUUAGAAUCAAAAGAAGAACUUGAUUCACUAAUGACAGAUGAAACCAUUGCUAAUGUGCCUAUACUGAUUUUUGGGAAUAAGAUCGACAGACCUGAAGCCAUCAGUGAAGAGAGAUUACGAGAGAUGUUUGGUUUAUAUGGUCAGACAACAGGAAAGGGCAAUGUAUCUCUGAAAGAACUGAAUGCCCGGCCAUUAGAAGUUUUUAUGUGCAGUGUGCUCAAAAGGCAAGGUUAUGGAGAAGGCUUCCGCUGGAUGGCACAGUACAUUGACUAAUACCACCAACCUGCCUCAGGUCCAGGUCUUGCCAUUCAGGCCUACUCAGAGAUUUGAUUGUUGAACAUGCAUAACUUGAAUUCAAUAGACUUUUGUUGGUUAGAAAACAGAUAUUUUUUAGAUUAAUAAUAUUAUAUCAACUUAAUUUGAGUGACAAUUGAAAACUGAUUCAAGUAAGUUUGAAUAUCACAAUGUUAGCUUUCUAAUUCCAUGAAGAUAAUUAGUUUUUACUGUUUGUAAUCUGACAUGACCCCCAGCGCCAUUUAUAAACAGCGACUUUUCAGCAGUACAUUUGAAGCACUUUUUAACAAUAUGAAACUACAAAUAUAAACUAUAAUUAAAAGCUCAUCAUGUUAAAUUUUUUAUGUACUUUUGGAACUAGUUUUUAAAUUUUAGAUUAUAUGUCCACCUAUCUUAAGUAUACAGUUAAUAAUUAGCUUAUUGAUGAUUGCAUGAUGCCUUACAGGUUUCAAUAAUAUUUUUUCUUAUGCAAACGUCAUGCAAUAAAAUAGACCCUUAUGUUUGG